AUGCCACGUGUACCUGUCGCAAGUGAAGAUGAACGAAAAUUUAUUGUUGAUGGCAUUCAAUCUGAUUUUCGACUUGAUGGAAGAACGUCUCGCAUGUAUAGACCGGUUCUUCUAGCAACGGAUGUAGUGAAUACUGCUAACGGUUCAUGUUUAUUAAAAUUGGGUGGAACGAUUGUUAUGGCUGGAGUUACAUUUGAAUUUACUCGUACAAGUCAAGAAAGUCCAAAUGAAGGACGAAUUGAAGCAACAGUGGACGGUAGUGGCUGUCAUUCAUUACGUAUAUUCGGUAGACAACGUCAUUUAUUUACAAAACAAAUAUCACGAAGUCUCAACUACAUACUCAAUAAUCCAAAAUGUUUUGAUCGUGAACAAUUGUGUGUUGUCAAAGGCCAUCAUUGUUGGCUUGUACAUGUUGAUAUAUCCGUACUCCGAUAUGAAGGAAACUUGUAUGAUGCAUGUUCAUUUGCAAUGAAAGCGGCAUUAAGUGAAACAAAAGUACCAUCAUUACAAGUGACACAUGAUGAAGAAACAAGUGAAGUAACCGUUGAUGUUUGCGAUGAUCCAUUUCAGUUUGGCUUAUUAAAUGUAUCGAAUUUGCCUGUUUUCAUUUCUGUUAGUCAAGUCAGUGGUAUACAUAUUGUUGAUACAACACUCAAAGAAGAUUCUGUAACAUUAGCUAGAAUAACCUAUGGUGUCAAAGACAAUGGAAAUAUUGUCUAUAUGAGUAAAGAUGGUGGUGGUAGUUUAGAUCUGUUGAAUUUACGCUCUAUGUCAAAAGUUGCUAGUGAUAUUGGUCCACAAAUGAAUAGUUUACUAUUAGACAAAAUACAUUUAAGCAAAGCCAAACAACCAUUGUGGGGACAUGUGAAUGAAAAUUUAUUAUUUGAUGAUAUUAAUUUUGUUUAA